AUGUACACAAAUUUCUCUCAUUUUUUAGCAAAUGCCUGGGCUUUUCGUAUUCUGAAAACUUUAUCUGUCUUAAUGAUACUUAAUUUGAUUGGAUUUUCAAUGAAUAGCAUUGUCAGAUUGACAGUUCCUCGUUUUGAAUUAGAUGUUACUCAAAGGACUAUUUUAAUUCACGCUUUGAGCUGCUUAACAAAUUUAGUUAUGGCCUCUAAUGCUCCAAUACUUUUUAUUUUCAAGUUUUUCAUUUUACAAAAAUCUUUUAAAUUAUUUAAAAAAUUUUUUAGUCAAGACUAUAGACGAGCUUUUCAAAAAGUUUUUAAUCUGAAAAAAUUUUCUGUAACGUCAAUAACAGCUGUUGCCAUAACACCUAAUGAUGCUAAAAAAUGCACACCAAUGAAUAUUAACAAUAAUAACAAAACUAUGCUUACUCCAAUAAAUUAA